AUUACCUAACUGUGCAACAGAAAACCCACAACUGGAGUUUCCACACCAAUGCUUAGUAAGUAAGAGACCCAGAGAAACUACCUUCCCAACAGCAUCUGGGCCGUUUCCACUAUGCUGAUGCACAUUCUUUUUUAUCUCAGUCUAAUACGGAUACUGCUAUCACAAGACAUAGCAAAAGCUAAAGAAGACCCUCGCUGGAAGAUAUACUUGAAUCAGACCAUAAAUGCAACAAAAGGCUCAAAUAUAAUCAUAUUCUGCACUUUUGAAACUCCUCCAGAACAAAAAACAAACAUUAAAGUUUAUUGGAAAACAAAAGGGAGCAGUAGCUGCAGCAAGAAAGACAACGACAAGCUGGCAUUCGCGUUUCAUCCUAAUUCCUCUUGCAUAGAUCCACACUUCCAGAGUAGGACAAAACUAAUUGGAGAAGCCAGAGAUGGAAACUGCUCUCUACAAAUCAUCAAUAUUAUGAAAAGUGAACCAUCAAUCUACCUGCGAGUUUCUGGAUGGAACGUCAGCUACAGUUUCGUAAAGCACCAUGUGAACAUUAAGGUGGACGGACAGAAUUUAAGUUCCCUAAGUCACAGAGAUGAUCCCUCAAUUGAGUUUGAAACAACGAGAGCCAUGCCUGAUGUGCAUGACGAUGACAAAAAGCUGUAUCUGACCAUCUUUGUGCCACUUUUCGGACUUUUCAUCAUUGCUGCAGCUGGGAUAGUAGCUUACAAAAUGCACAAGAGGUCACACAUGAUGAACCGUCGGGAAUCUGGAUAUUAUGCAAACUUCAGACGGACAUUGUCAACCCCACGCAAAAGUGAACCAUUUUGUAAAACAUCAAAUGAAAUGCCUCCAGAUGCAAAAGUCAUUGAUGAACCUGUUUACUUAAAUCUGCAGACAUCAGCAAAUCAGAUGGACCAACAAGUGGAAACCGUAGAAAAUAUUUAUGGAAAUGUGGACUAUACAACUUAGAAAAAACAUCUGCUUUCAUCCUACAGUAUUGUAUUUAGCUUUCAAAUGCAUCUGUUCAAUAAGAAGGAUUAAAUGUGUCAACUAGAUUGAGAAGGAUGCUCUGGUUUGCAGCACAUGCAUGGAAACUCCAAAGUUUAAUGAAAAGGGAACUUUAUUCAGCAAUGUGACAAUUGCGGUUUGGCUAAGAGAUGAACGUUUCCACCUUCACUUGGCAAGGCUUCAAUAAUAAAAAAAAUCCAGAAUCUCACAAAUAUGAAAUGAGCUGACAACAUGAUGUGCUGUGUAGACUGUAAUAAAUUGUGUGGGUUUUCAAUGAGGAUUUUCAAGAAUCAAGAACUAAAGUCUGCCACCUGUCUCUUUGUUAACUAAAACAAACAAACCUCAGUAAUGUUUGUUUUUAAAUGGCAAUAAAAAUGCUAAUUUUACUGUCCAAUAUAUAGCACUGUGUACAUGGAGUUAUCUUCAUAUAAAAGAGAUUGUAACCUGAUGUAAACUAGUGUCAGUCAACAUGUUAAAAAUUACAUUUUUAUACAUUGCUUAUAAAAAUAUCAGUUUCGAAAAUUUAAGCAAAUUGUGACAGUUUGAAAUUUUGUAAUACAGCUACAAGAGAAGAAUAAAAGUAUAAAUAAAUAUAUACAAGGCAAAUUCAA